AUGGAUAAGAAGGUACGCUGGGGAAUUUUGAGUACGGCCAUCAUCGCUCGCGAAGCGGUCAUUCCGGCGAUGCAAAAGCCGCCUUACGCCAAGCAUGCCGUGGUCGAGGCUAUCGCAUCCCGCAGCCUCGAUAAGGCUCAGGCCACGGCCCAGCAGUUCGGCAUCCCCCGUGCGUAUGGUUCGUAUGAAGAGCUGCUGGCCGAUCCAGAAAUCGAUGCGGUUUACAUUCCCCUGCCCAACCACAUGCACGUGCCCUACUCCAUCAAGGCCCUCGAGGCCGGCAAACACGUGCUCUGCGAGAAGCCCAUCUCGCUGACCGUCGCCGAGGGUGAAGAGCUAGUCGCCGCCGGGAAACGCUUUUCGCACUUGAAGCUCAUGGAAGCCUUCAUGUACCGCCACCACCCGCAAUGGCAAUGGGCCAAAGCCGCCAUCGACGAAGGCAAGAUCGGCGAACUGCGCACGAUCCAGACCUUCUUCUCCUAUUACGACGACAACCCGGCCAGCAUUCAUAAUCACCCCGAAUGGGGCGGUGGGGGGCUCAUGGAUAUCGGCUGCUACCCCAUCUCCCUCUCGCGCUUCCUGUUCGACGACGAGCCACAACGCGUGGUCGGCAUUCUGGAAUGCUCCCCGCAGUUCAACGUCGACCAUCUCACCUCAGGCAUGAUGGAGUUCGCCGCCGGCACCGCCACAUUCACCUGCUCCAUUUUGCUAACCGAGUACCAGCGGAUGAUCGCCUUCGGCACCAAGGGCCGCGUUGAAAUCGAAAUCCCCUUCAAUGCCCCGGCCGAUCGACCUUGUCGUGGCUGGCUCGAAACCGAGGGCAACCUCGAACAGAUCGAGUUCCCCAUCUGCGAUCAAUACGGCAUCCAAGCCGAUCUCUUCUCGCAGGCCAUCCUUAACAACACCCCGGUGCCGACCCCCAUCGAAGACGCCGUGGCCAACAUGCGAACGCUCGAAGCCAUCGUUCGCAGCGGCAAGAACAAAAGCUGGGAAACGCUGGCCGCGGGAGUGAACUUCGAACUCAAUCGUGGCGAAGUGCACGCCCUGGUCGGCGAGAACGGUGCGGGCAAGAGCACGCUGAUCAACAUCCUCUCCGGCGUGCUCCGUCCCGACCACGGGCGCGUCGUGCUUAAAGGUCAGGACGUUGAACUCCUCGACCCUGUGACAGCCCGCGCUCAAGGCAUCAUCACGGUUCAUCAAGAGGCGGAUCUCUUCGCCUCGCUUUCAGUGGCCGAGAACAUGGCCCUCACGCAAGGUUUGCCGGCCCGCCCUGGCGGUUUCGUUCGCUGGUCGCAAGUCUACGCCGAAGCCCAAGCGGCCGUGGCCAGCCUUGGCGAGACAAUCGACAUCCGCCGUCCCGCGGCUCACCUCAGCGUGGCCCAUCGACAAAUGACCCAAAUCGCCGCCGCCGUGCAGCAGCGCGCGAGGGUCGUCGUGCUCGAUGAACCCACCAGUGCCCUCACCUCGGUGGAAACCGAGUGGUUGUUUGAGCAAAUCGCCCAGCUCAAAGCCGCCGGCGUCGGCAUCAUCUACAUCUCCCACCGGCAGGAAGAGAUCUUCCAACUCUCCGACCGCAUCACUGUCCUUCGCGACGGGCAACGGGUAUUCAGCGGGCCCACCGCCUCCAUCGAUCGCGAUGGCCUGAUCGAAGCGAUGGUUGGCCGUAAGCCGUCGGCGACCGCCACAACCCGCGAAAAAAGAUUGCCUUCAAAGCCAGAUACAACACCUCGGUUGAAGCUAUCGCAACUCACCGACGAAGGAGGUCGCUUCACCGACAUCGACCUCAGCGUUCAGCCCGGCGAGAUCGUGGGUCUUUACGGCCUGGUGGGGGCGGGCCGCAGCGAACUGGCCAAAGUCGUGUUCGGUCUUGAGCCCGCUUCAACCGGCACCAUAGAAGUCGAUGGCCAACACAUUCCCAUUCGCACGGUGAACGAUUCAGUUGCGCAAUCAAUCGCCUAUGUCCCCGAAGAUCGCCUGCGAGAAGGCGUUUGCCGCGGACUCAGCGUUCGCGAGAACAUGGUCCUCAGCAGCUUGCAACAGUGGACUACUGGGCCACUCGCGUCGCAAGCGCAGGAAAAGGGCGCCGCGGAAAGCCAGGUCACCGCACUGGGCAUCAAACUCCGUAGCGUCGAGCAGCCCAUCGCCCAACUCUCCGGAGGUAAUCAACAGAAGGUGGUUCUGGCACGUUGGUUGUUGACCGAACCCCGCGUGUUAAUUCUCGACGAGCCCACUCGUGGCGUCGACGUGGGGGCGAAGGCCGAAAUCCAUCAACUCGUCCGCCGGCUGGCCGACGCCGGCUGCGGCGUGCUGAUGAUCAGUUCCGAUCUUCCGGAAGUACUUGAACACAGCGACCGCAUUGUCGUCCUCCGCAAUGGCCGCGUGUCCGCUCAGUUCAAUCCUCGUCAAACAACUGCCAACGAAAUCGCCGCCGCGGCCCUUCCUGAAGAAGCCCCCGAUCGCGAUCAGGCUUCCUCCAGGCGGGGCAUUACCUCACGCUGGCGGCGACUGCUGGGCAGCGAAGUCGGUCUCGUUGCGGCGAUCGCCGCGUUGUCGCUCUGUUUGACCCUCUCGACCGAUCAGUUUCUCACCGCCAGCAACUUCGUCGGCAUCCUGACCAGCGCCGCCGUGUGGAUUGUGCUGGCCAUGGCUGUUGCGGUGGUGAUCAUCGCGGGGGGAAUCGACAUUUCGAUUGGUGCCCUGCUGGCCCUUUCGGCGGCCGCGGCCGGAGUUGUCUUGCAGCAAGAGAUCGACCCCCGCCUGGCGAUUCCCCUGGCCGCCUUGGCUGCCAUGGCCGUGGGCACCAUCGGCGGGUCGAUCAACGCCGGCGUUGCACUCCUGGGGCGAAUCCACCCCAUCGUUGUCACACUCGGCACCAUGACCAUCUACCGCGGGCUACUGAUCACCCUCACCGGUGGUCGCGCGAUCGGCGACCUACCACCUCAGUUCGUUCGGCUGUUCUCCAUGUCGAUCUUUGGUGUCCCGCUGGGGGCCGUGAUGGCGAUAUUGGUAGCCGUCGCCAUGCACGUCUUUCUAACUUGGACCCGCAGUGGAAGGCAACUCUACGCCUACGGCGCGAGCCCCAGUGCCGCCAAGCUCAUCGGCAUCUCCCAACGUGCCGCCUGGAUGACCGCCUUUGGUGUCGGCGGGUUGCUCACCGGAAUCGCGGGCCUCUUCGAGCUGGCCAAGAUCGGCUCCAUGCAAUCCACCCUCGGCACUGGUUAUGAACUCAGGGCCAUCGCCGCCGCCGUCAUCGGAGGCACCGCCAUCACCGGCGGGCGCGGCAGCGUGUUUGGCGUGGUGCUGGGAGCCCUGCUGCUCAGCUUGCUUUACAACGCGCUGGUGCUGUGGAAUGUCUCCGGCUUUCACUACCAACUUGUAGUCGGCGUGUUGAUUCUCGUGGCAGUCCUCUUAGACCUCUGGUGGCGGAGGUCUGAAGCAUGA